AUGCCUGAUACCGCCCGCUACGUUGGUGAGAGGCUCAGUCUCAAGCGCCAACUGUGUACCAUUCGAUACAUUGGCGCUGUAGCAGACAAGCUGGGCGAAUGGCUAGGCGUUGAGUGGGACGAUUCUGACCGCGGCAAACAUGAUGGCACCCAUAAUGGUGUCAGAUAUUUCACCUGCAGAAGCCCGACAUCUAAACCUGGUUCCUUCCUCAGACCGGACCAGCAAUGGGAUCAAUCCAAGACCUUUCUGCAAGCUCUAAGAGAAAAGUACAUGCCCGAAGAUGCUGGCACCGGAGGCGACAUUGUCUAUUUCUCGACGAAGCAAGCUGAAGAGGUCGGCUUCGAGAAGUUCUCAAAGCGGCAAGCACGACUCCAGGGCAUUCAUGUUCUGGUGCUUGAUCAUAUAAGCAUUCGUUUUCAGAAUGAAGACCGCGAGACGAUCACUGAACUAUGCUCCGAUAUCACCGAGCUGGACUUGAGCAGCAACUUGUUCGAAAGCCUGGGCGAAAUCGUUGAGCUUGCAGUGCUGUUCCCGAAACUCACACAUCUUACGCUCAAUGGCAACCGCUUCCCUAUCCCUGAUGAUUGCAGCAAAGCUGCUCUUAAGCAACUAACGGGACUUCGCAGUCUCGGUCUGUCAGACACACUACUGAGCUGGACGGAGAUCGCCAAGGUAGCAUGUAUUGCACCCAACCUCACAACCCUCUCUGCAGCACGCAACAGGUUGAAUCGUGUUACAUCCGACCCUUUGCCAUCUACACUGGCACAUAUCGUACUAUCAGACAAUGAUUUCGACGCGCUGUCCGACCUGAGCGGGCUCUCCUCUUGCACGGGACUUAGCUCGCUUACACUGAAGCGCUGCCAUAUCUCUACGAACGGCAACAAUGCAUCAGACAUCAUCGUGUACAGUAGAUCACUUCAAGUGCUGGACAUCGCGUACAAUCGUGUUGCCAAUUGGGCGCUUUUCGACAUCCUUGAGGAGACCUUUCCAGCUUUGGAAUCCCUGGUCAUCACUGGCAACCCGCUGUAUGGCAGCCUAUCGUCUGUAGAAGGGACCACAUUGACUGCCGAGGACGGCUACAUGCUUACCAUUGCUCGCCUGCCUCGCAUCAGCUUUCUCAACUACAGUAAGGUCACUGAGAAGGAGAGGCUGAAUUCUGAGACAUACUAUCUGAACCAGAUUGUCUCCGAGUUGGGAAAGACGCCCGCAGACAAACGCCCGCAAGUGUUACGGACACAUCCGAGAUGGAAGGCAUUGUGCGAAGAGUAUGGCGAGCCUGCGCCGAAAGAGACCAAGUCCGAUACCAUCAAUCCAAGCAGCCUAGCAGCGCGCCUCGUCACUAUCGACUUCAACGUCAGCGCUACAUAUGAUUCCGCAGCUGUGACACGGAAAGACACGGUCCCGAAGAGCAUGAAUGUGUAUGCGCUCCUUGGCAUGGCUGGCAAACGGCUCGGUAUCAUGCCACGGAAGCUUCGACUGAUCAUGGAGACUGGCGAGCGUGACCCGACAGGCAGCGAAGCAGGCCACGCAGGGCCAGAGUGGUGGGAUAGUAGCGACGAUGAAGACGAGCAGCCGAGAGUAGGCCAAAAGCUUGUUGCGAGAGAAGUUGAGCUCGUUGCGGGUACUCGGCCUAUUGGCACGUAUAUUGAAGGUCGAGAAGCACAGAUCCGAGUCGAGGUGAAAGGCCACCAUUGA